CAUCAAUUAGAAACGAUAAAACUUGACCGUUAAUUUCUAGAUGUAAUUUUUUUUCAGUAUGAAAGUUUUUUGUAGCGUGAAACGACGAAGGUUUUACGUGACAAAUCUUGUAUUAUGAAUGAGAAGACAGAAGUAAAUGAAUUGUUCUUUCUUGCCUUUCUUAAAAGCAAAAAGGAGGAAAUCUCAGACAUUUAUUCUAUUUUUAAUAUUUGCUAAUGUCUUUUGUCUUAUAAAAGUCUAAAGAAAUGGCCGAAGAAAAAAAAGCUGUUCCCUCAUCUAUGACUCAGUGCUAUGAGAAUUACAUUAUAGUUGACGUGGGUGCUAAUUUAACAAAUAAGAAGUACAUUCGGGACUUGGACAGUGUGAUACAAAGAGCGAAAGAUGCUGGUGUACAGAAAAUUAUGGUGACAGGUGCCAGUCUUCGUUCCAGCAAGGAAGCAUUGAGACUAACUAGAAUAUAUCCCGGUACCCUUUAUUCUACCGCUGGUGUGCAUCCACAUGAUGCUAAAUCUUGGGAGAAUCCAGAUACCUUACAGGAAUUGGAGAGCAUAGCUGCUAAUUCGGAAUGUGUCGCCAUUGGAGAAUGUGGUUUAGAUUAUAGUCGCAAUUUUUCAGACCCAGAAACUCAACGUGUUGUCUUCCACAAACAGAUAGAGUUAGCCUGCUCAUUAAAUAAACCAUUAGUGAUACAUGAGAGAGGUGCACAAAAAGAUGUGUUGGAGGUUCUUAGUCAAUAUAAGCAUCGUCUACCACCUGUCUUUGUUCACUCUUUUAUCGGUACAGCAGAAGAGGCUCAAAUAUACUUGAAUCAAGGCUUUUACUUAGGUAUUACUGGUUAUCUGUGCAAGGAUAAAUCUGAUAGUGGAAUACGACAGUUGCUAGAAGGAGGUCAAGUGCCAUUGGAUAAAAUCUUGGUGGAAACUGAUGCACCGUUCAUGUAUCCUAACACCAGAGCCAGUAAAUUACCUGUGCAUGUAAAGGAUGCUUUGACUGAACGUUCUAUGACAUUCCUCCAUCGUUACUGUACCUUUCAACGUAAUGAACCAUGUGCCUUACCAGCAAUUGUGGAAAUGGUAGCAGCUUUUAUGCGAACAACACCAGAACAAGUUGCAUUGGCUACUGCUUUUAAUGCUUUAAAAUUAUUUGGUUUAAAUCAAUGAUAGUAACAUUUGGAUGCACUAAAAUUUUAUGUAUAAUAUGGUGCUAGUAGGUGCUAUGUUCAGUUUGAAAUGAAAUUUUUAAGUAAUAGUUUAUUUGUGGAGUAACAAGGAUCUCCAUAUUAAAAAGAUGACACUUCUGUAAAUAUUAUUAAAUAGUAUAAAUAGGAUAUUUAGACAAAAUUUGAUUUAAUAUAUAUAUAUAAGUUUAUAUAUAUAUAUAUAUAUGUAAGUUAUAUAUAUAUAUAUAUACAUAUAUACACAUAUAUAUAUAUUGUGCUUAUAACAUGGUUUACUUGAGUUUCUUGAUAACACAAUGAUAUUGCAACUUGGAUGAGAAA